CGCGAUGAAGCCAAAACUGGCCUCACUUUCCUGCUGGGCCACGCGGGCGUCUGCCGCCUGCCGUGAGCCCAUAUUUCCUUCUUCUUCUUCUGCCGUCGCCCUCCAUCCUCGUCCUUUCCUCUGCCUUCUCUGGCGCUUCUCUACCCCCCACCUGAUUUCUGGUUUUGAGCACCAUCGGUCGACUCAUUUUCUUAUGGUUCGCUAUGAGUGUAAAGACUAGAGUCCGCCAACAAGCCCCUCCACUCCGCGAGUCUAUCGACCCUGAUGACGAUUAUGAUGCCGCUGCUGUUCACGAGGGUGACGAGUCCAGUUCGUCUUCCGAUUCCGACUCAGAUCGCUCUGACGAUGACUAUGAGCGUGAUGAUGGCUACUCGACCACCUUGACCGAGCCAGAUUCCGACGCCCAGCCAUGUCUACCGGCACUGCUUCCAUCACAGCGAUUACGGAACCCUCCCUCGAGUGCUUCCAAGCGAAAGAAGACCUCCGUCGUACCAUCUGAGUUGCCCGAGUACAGCGAUGACCCCAACGACGAUACGGAUGAAGACAUCGCGAACGUUCCUCUGGACUACGGGAGAUCAGACAAUACUAAGACUCGUAGAUCUCAGAUCAAGACACUGUGGCAGAAGUACUGCGCGGUGAAAGCGGCCGAGCAGGAUGCCCCUCCUAAAUGGAGCAACGCAGAGCAGGCCCUCCGGCAAGCGACGACGAACGAUAUCCACCGUUUUUUUAAUUAUCGUAUGAAGGUCAAGCGAGGGAAAAAUGGCCGGCUUAUGAAAGGGAUCAAGAAAGGGAGCGCGCUUGAGGCAGAUUGGAAGGCUCUUCAGGGAUACUAUCGACUGAUUACGCGGACUAGCUUCAAUAAAGUACAGUGUGAAGAGAUCAACGCGGGUCUUCGAAGUCUCAUGGACAAAUGGAAAUUGGACAUGGAAGAACGCGAGAAAACUGGGGUCCAUGUUCAGGAUCUGACUGCCUUCAAUGAAACCGUCCUCCGGACGACCGAGAAGCGAUUUCACCUGGGGUUCGAGCGGAUCCAGAUCUGUCUUUUCACCAUCCUGGGGAUCUUCACCGUGAAUCGAAUCUCCGCCCUGCUCUCGCUGCAAUUCAAGCACCUCCAAUUCUCUCUUCAACGAGAUCCCCUUGGCGGGCCUCCGAUCCCGAUGGUAGAGCUUCGUGCCGUCCACACUAAACAAUUCCUUGGUAUCACACAGCACAACAAUUUCCCCUUUCCUGAAAUUGUGGAUGAUCCAACCUUGAUUUUUAGCCCUCAUGUCUUCCUGUUCGGCAUCCUAUUUUACCUGGAUGCCUUUGAAGCCGACGGGCUUCGGUCUAUGGAAGACGUGCGACGGCUGUUAGUGGAAGACGGUUGUGAGCAGAUGGAGCUAUAUCUCAAACCUGAAAUUGAGGAAUACUUUCUCUUCUGCAUGACCACGGUAGUCGACGGAACUCCAAUGAUCCAGUGGAAUCGACCAAUCAACGCGAGCACGAUGUCCGCCCGACUGCAAUCUUUAGGAGAGAUCCACGGGUGGCUGCACACCUUUUUUGCCCACCGUAUGCGAUAUGGCGGUGGAAAGCAGUUAAAUGAAAGUGAUUGUGUGAGCGAGGCACAGCAGAAUCUCAUCAUGAAGCAUGCCUCCAGUCGCACAUUCUUGAACCACUAUCUACCACGCAAUAUCGAUACCGACAUGCAGAAUAUAAUGAAUGGCCGGAAGCCCAACACGAUGUUAAUGCACGCCAUCCGGCGCAUCAGUCGUUGGAUUGAUAAGAGGCGUCCACGAGUCAUCAGCGCACAAGACCGAGCGGAGUUGUAUCAGCAUCCGGAGUAUCUGGCGGCAGUACACGAGCGGGAUGCGCAAGCCAUACUUUGCCAACAGAGUCCCAGCCCUCGCAACAUGUCCCGGCUGGGUCGACUGACCCAAGAUGUUGAUAAAAUCUUCCGUCGCCUUUGCCGAGUCCGGAGGAAAGAAGUACGCCAAGCGUUCAGCCGGAAACAGGCAAAGAUCGAUAUUGAACGUCAACGGUCGGGGACCGCCUUCCACAAUGAAGAGACCAAACACAACCUACAGACCGUCGCCCAGAUGCCUUCCAAAAUGAUCCACCUCCUAGAGAAGCUAUUCACCUGGCCUACAUCCCACUCCCUUGACGAUGAGUGGAAGAGGCGAAACGCGGCCACCGCGGCCGUCACUCAAUACUGCGGCGUUUGGGAAGGGGGCCCUCUUCGUGGUCGACGAAAACGAGCUUUACCCAGUGACGACGAACUCGAUCAAAUGAAGCCGUCUAAGCGCAUAGCUAGCGCGACGCCAGUAUCGGAUGUUGCCCCUUCGGAUUCACGCGAUCUCCUGGAGGAAGCCAGGGAGCAUAUCAUCCGUGCCGGAGAGCGAGAUCGCAAGAAGCCAAAUGUCGAGAAACCAAUAGUCUGUUUUCAGUGCUUCGGUAAUCGCUUGCUUCCAGAACACAAACGCGUCAAGAAGUGGUCGAGGCCCGACGCAACAGUGCGACAUUUUCGAGACAAGCAUCUUGCGGAUCGGCAGUGCAAUUUCUGCGAUGACGGCGAAAUUUUCCUGCAUCAAAUGCAUUUACAAAAUCAUGCAGAGGCGGUCCAUCGCCUCGUCACUGGAUCCAGGGGAUGCUGAGGUUGUGUAUACUUUG